UGAAAUUAGAUCUAAAAAUCUAUAUAAUUUGGCUUUUCUAAAUAGGAAAACUUCGUGAAUUUUUUUAAAUCGUAAUUUAUAUAUUUCCAAAUGUUUCUUUCAAGUAGAUCUAGAUCUAGAUCUAGAUUAUAAUUUUUGACGAAAGUGGAAUAAUACGACAUAAAACGGAAACGUUUGUUUUCGUUCGUGACACUAGGCCUGAAAUGUCUAUUCGCUCUUUUGCAUUGUGAAUUCUUUGGUAUUCCUUGAAAUUGUCUUUUGUCUCAUGUCCCAGGGAACCAAUGUUGUGGUCACUUCAUUGUUUUCCGUUCCAGUCGUUGUGACAUCUAACGGUACUACUGAUUUUGGUGCAAACCAAUGAUUGAUAUCUUUUUUCACCUAAAACUGACUGAUGCAUCGAAGAAUGCUUUUCAAGAUUGGAGUGACAUUUGUGGUUGGAGUUGGAAUUUUACUGUUUUAUUUAGUUCAUGUGGAGCAUGAGAACAAGCCUGAUCAUCCGUAUUACGCCCAGAAAAAAGUUGGUAACAGCCAAUUUCCUGUUGAGGAAACGUCCAACACUGUGGAUUCCGACUUCUCUGUCAAAGUGGUGCUUUCUGAAGUGGUUCGUGAUAAACCUGUUGAAGCAGAUUUCCCAACCUCUUCCAGUGGCGGAGCUUCCCAACACUCUAUACAAGAUAUCAUUCCAAUUGGCGAUAGAAAUUCAGAUAGAAAUGUUCGAUAUUCAUCUGAGAAGAAAUUUGGGGAUGAAGUUGAGCCAAGUGUGAUGAGAAAAGACCAUGCUGAGGAAAAUGUUGCAGAGAUGCAUAAACUGAGCCCUGUAUUUCACAGCAAACAGCCACUGGGUUUUGCCAUUCACUUAUGCGUCGUGGCUUGUGGGAAUCGCUCAGAGGAAGUGAUGACAAUGCUGAAGUCAGCUGUUCUGACAACGCCUCAUACCGUGAAUCUUGUGUUCCACAUCAUUACUGAACCGAGUCUUCAAAGCUAUUUUAAAGAUCAUCUGGAGUUUUGGCCGCGGGCUUACACGCAGUCCCUGUCUUUCAACAUCUACAGCGUCACAUUUCCAGAAGAUACCACCAAAGAUGCAUGGAGGAAGUUGUUCAAGCCCUGUGCCUCUCAACGGCUUUUCUUACCUUCAUUGCUGACUUCAGUGGACAGCCUGAUCUAUGUGGACACGGACGUGCUGUUCCUGCAGUCGGUGGCUGACCUGUGGUCUCGCUUCAGUUUGUUCAAUGCGACGCAGCUGGUGGCUCUGGUGCCAGAGAGUGAGGACUUUCAGACCGGCUGGUACAACCGCUUCGCCACGCACCCAUACUACGGAGACCUCGGUGUGAACUCUGGUGUGAUGUUGAUGAACCUGACACGUCUGCGGAGCACGCGCUGGCACCUGGACAUGCCUGAGCUGUACAACAAGUACCGGCUAUCGAUUCCCUGGGGGGACCAGGACCUCAUCAACAUCUAUUUUGCCAGACAUCCAGACCAGCUGUACGUGAUGGGCUGUGAGUGGAACUAUCGGAGUGACCACUGCAAGUAUAUGAGCGUAUGUCCCUCGGCGGAGAAGCGUGGCGUGGCUGUUCUUCACGGGUCCAAAAGAGGUUUUCUUGUAGAGAAACAGCCAGCGUUUGCUGCAGUCUACAACGUCUUCCAUAAUCAUCGUCUGGGUGACAACUUUGAGAUCCAUUUCCUUAAACACCUUGAAGAAGAGUUGAAGGCAGCGAAGCCAUCAAACUGUGGGAAGGUGUCGAACGCUUUCCUGAUGCGGCUCAGAGAUGUGGUGGAAGUGGAGAACAGCAGAAUGACCUCUGGCCAGGAAUAUCCAAAGGUUAGCAUAAAUUCUCAACCUAGCAAAAAUUUGAUAAAAUCUGGCUUGAAAAGUGUGGACACAAGAAUGCAGAAGCAAGUGCAUGGAGGUCAAGAGAAAGUGUCUGGUCGUUUCACGGACAGUUCUCGGACAAAGACGGGUAAAGUUCAUGACAGGCGCAUCACUGUGAGAAGUGACCCCAAGCUCACUGUGAAAAGUAAUGGCAAGCCAGAGGUGGAGCUAAAGUCUGGCUCUCUUCAUCGCGCCCGAGAUAUAGCCAAAAUGGAAGAAGCAAACAAGCAGUAUGAUGAUGAUUCGGACACGGUGGAAAAGUUAAAGGAUAAACAUUGAUGUUGGUUUUUGGCUGGAAGCCAAGGUGUUCUUUCUCUUUUUAUCUGAAGGGCUCGGUGACAAAAUGAGCUGAAUCAAAAGUUCUUGAACUGAGAAAAUUGAGGGAGUAUACCAUCAGUGUCUUAAAGAUAAUGCCAUAAUCAAACCUCUUGCACAUGUGUUACAGAAGAAUGCAAAA